AUGGUGGAGCGACCGAGCUUCACUGGGUACAAAAUUGUGGAGACGUUUGAUUGCUAUGGAUGGGGUGGAGUGCUGGACUUCAAUCCCACACAGAUUUAUGUUGAUAUAGUGCAGGAAUGGAUGAGGACACUUCGACGUAUCGAGGUGCCUGGUAGGCCGAAGGAGUUGCAGCUGAUUGGUACAGUUCGUACUCAUGAUAUAGUGAUGAUUGUGCAGGGUAUUCGGGACAUGUUUCAUGUAGAUACUGGAUAUCAUCUGCAUGAUCUUGAGAAUCAGCCGACUGAGAUGCCAGCAAAGAGAUCAAGGGUAGCAUCAUCAAGUAGUGCAGCUCCACAACCAGCUAGACAGCCAGAGCCAAAUGUACCUGUGGCUUUCAACCCAUAG